GUUGCGGGCUUUUGAAUCAUCUUGAGAGCAAGGACCAAACUCACACUUCGUCUUCCUGUCACUGUGGUUUCCCCUUUUACUGCAGCCCUCUCCCCACCUCCCCCCAAAUAGCGUCUUUCUUUCCAGCCUUUGUCAGUACUUUCACUCCCAACCCAACUGCAACAAGGCGUACCCGCAAUGUGGCUGGCCAACUUCGCUGCUUGCCUGAUGCUAUGGGGGACAUGGAGCUCUGCCUUUCUGGCCAAUUCUACCCUCCCUCCAGAUCUCGGCACGAUCCAGUUGACUCAGAUGUUCCAGGAUUUUAUGGUUAAGUUCAACAAAACCUACCACAGCCAAGAAGAGAUGCUCCACCGCUUCAAGGUCUUUGUACAAAACUUGGAGACAAGCCAGGCCCUGCAGGACACUGAGUUGGGGACAGCACAGUACGGGAUCACCCUUUUCAGUGACUUGACAGAAAGUGAGUUUGCCAAGGAGUUUGGCAACCCCGUUUUGCAGGCCCCACGGCUUGUGGCAACGCAGCCACACAGCAGCCCCUCCAAGGUGCCCAAAUCCUGCGACUGGAGGAAAGCGGAGGCUGUCCUCACAGUGAAGUACCAGGGAUACUGCAAUUGCUGUUGGGCCUUCGCAGCCGUCUCCAAUGUAGAGGCCCUGUGGAAGAUUCACCGGAAUUCCUGCCACAGCCUCUCGGUGCAAGAACUCAUUGACUGCACGUAUCCUUCCAGAGGCGGCUGCGAGGGUGGCUUUGUCUGGGAUGCACUUUUGUACAUCUUCAGCAGUGGAUUGUCAACAAGCACUCUCUACCCCUACGUCGAGAGAGACCAGGUCUGCCAAAAACACAGGGGUCGAAAGCUAACCAAGAUUGACGGUUACAACUUACUUCCAAGGGAUGAGAAAUAUAUAGCUGAAAUCGUUGCCUCCCAAGGGCCUGUAACAGCUCUCAUGAACCAGAAAAUCAUUCAGAACUACCAGAAGGGUAUCAUUCAGAGGUCCAAGGAGGACUGUGACCCCGACAGGCUUGACCACGCGGUCCUUAUUGUUGGCUUUGGUGAAGCCAAAAGUCGACGUGGCUCCUGGAGUGGACUGUACUGGAUUAUCCAGAACUCAUGGGGAGACCACUGGGGAGAACAGGGUUAUUUCCGGCUGCACCGUGGUUCCAACGCUUGUGGGAUUAGCAAGUUUGCAACGACAGCGGUCCUCAAGAAUUUGGGAAGACAGACGCCGGUUGCUUGUCCUCCAUGAUGGUGCGCGUGCAUCUGUGUGUGGCCUUGGAGCACGGAGUCUUAUUCCUCUUCAAGCCUUCCCAAUCUAGAGCCCUCCAGAUGUUGUUGGCCUACAGUCACUAAUGGCUUCUUCCUCAGAGUUAAUUAGUUUCUUUAAAAUGCAAGGUUUCUUGAUUUUCCCCAGCUGUCUCUUAAUUUUGAAAGCAACUGUUUGAUAGUGGCUAACCCCCCUGCCUCCCCAUUUUAGAAUUGCCAAGUCAACAUUUGGG